GUUUCACUUCCGCCUCGGGAGUUCCUCACUUCAGUGUGACUCAGUGUUGGGCUGCACAGAAAAAAACAAGCCCUGCUCAGCGGCUCUGUCACAAACCUGCAGCCGCUGCAGACGCUCCUCCCGCGGACACUGCUGAACACCGAGGGCCGCUGGCUGGCGGGAGGGAGCUAUGGCGGACGGGGAGCGGUCACCGCUGCUGUCCGAGCAGCACGACGCCUCCAACGGCUUCUCUGCCGGCGACGGGUCUCAUGGUUUCCCGUCUAAACCUCACAGUUUAGCGCCGUUCCCUAGUUUGGUGACGCCGGCAGAGCCUCCGCCGCCGUACUCGCCGCAGGGAAGCCCCGACAGCGGCAGCGCUCCGAUCAUCAGCUGCCGUGUGUGUCAGAGCGCCAUCUCUGUCGAAGGCAAGACGCACCAGCACGUGGUGAAGUGCAGCUUCUGCAACGAAGCGACGCCGAUAAAAAACGCUCCUGUCGGGAAGAAGUACGUCCGCUGUCCGUGUAACUGUCUGCUCAUCUGCAAAGUCACGUCGCAGAGGAUCGCGUGUCCCAGGCCGCACUGCAAACGCAUCAUCAACCUGGGAUCGGUUCACAUCGGGAGAGAGAGUCCAGAACCGCAGCACCAACCGGUCGGCAUCAGGGUCAUCUGUGGUCACUGCUCCAACACGUUCCUGUGGACGGAGAUCUCAGACCGGACUUUGGCUCGAUGUCCUCACUGCAGGAAAGUCUCUUCUAUUGGGCGACAGUACCCCAGGAGGCGGAGCCUGCUGUGUUUUCUGCUCUUCAUCGUCUUCGCCGCCUCCACUGCGGGACUUCUGGUGGGCACGUGGAAACCCGCUCGGUCGUCCAAAGGCAUCUACGUGUCGUGGGCUCUGCUCAUCCUGCUCGCUCUCUUCGCUCUGCUCCGGACUUUCUACUGGCGGUGUUUGAAAAUCAGCGACCCCAUUUCAGACAUCACGUAGACUGAGGAGACGAGGCGAGGAGACGAGAAAGGAAGGUGAGGAGAGAAUGAAGGCGGACAGGUAAAGAAAAGCAGGUGAUUUAAAAGAAAAUUUCAAAGUGGAUUCCGUGGGAAAACUUGACCGCGGUUUAAUCCAAACGGAGACUUUAAUUUACCACCAGGAGGUGGCGCCGUGCAUAAAGAGGCUGUUCAGACGUGUGGAGAGAAGUUUAUUUCCUUUUCUUUCGUGUCGUUUAAACCUGAUGCUGCUGAGUGUUUGUUUUUUUGUUGUUGUUUUUUUAUUUGAAGCUGUUUGUUUCCAAAAAAUAUACAAAGACUGAGAAUUCAAACCAGGUUUUUACCAAAAAACAACAAAAAUGAUGAAGGCAAAAUCACUUUGUUCCUUUUUUCUGAAGAAGUAAGUUUAAAAUUUUGGAAAUAAACAUUUUCUCUGCAAACGGAAAAGCUUAAUAUAUAUCUGUAAAAAUACUAACAAUAUGAGGAAUCGUGGUGUUUUGUUCGUUUGUUUUUGGGGCAUUUUUCAUGGAAAGGUGAAAUUUUGAAUCAUUUUUGAAGAUGAAAUGUUUGUGGGUUUUUUUUCUGUAUGUGAUUAAAAAUGUGCAAAUCUAA